AGCCACAGCUAAGCAUAGAGCGACAAGAAGGAAAAAAAGAUCCUGGCUCCGUGAGCUGUGGUACCAGCCCUGAAUGACGUAUUCCUACUGUGUGUCACCAGGAAUAAAGAUUAACAUUAGAGGUACAUGGUAGGUCCUGGGCAUCUACAGUUGAUGUCAUUCGAUCUCUGGAAGGACAGUGCACUUCAGAAGCACAGAACAGAGUCAAGGGUCUGCCGGACAAGCAGUUGGAGUGUGUGAAUCAACAGAUGCAGCUCACAGAACCUCACCUCCCCCGAUCCACGUGGUGUUCUUAUUCUCCAGCAUAGUCCCUUCAAAACACAAGUUCCCGCGACCUGGGAGGUUCAGGUGAAGAAGCACGGGCCACACAAGCUAGGAACCCUUUGCGGUCCUAAGGCCGAAAGGGUGUGGUGAAGAGCAUUGUUUUAGGGAAGACCUGCCGUGCCUGUGGGUGUGAUGGCCAGACAUCUCGACCUCUAUUAAUUACCUCUUGAGAGGAAUCUCAAAUCAUAAUGGAUGCUGAGUAUGUCCUAUGCAAUUGGAAAGGCCACGUUUGGCCAGCAAAGGUUUUGUCCAGAGCUAGGACCUCACCAAGACAUAAGAGGAAAGGGGCACUUCUUCUCGAAGUUGAAAUACUCUCAGUAGACGAAAAAAUUAAAGUGAAAGCCACAGACACAAAGAUCCUAAAUGAGUCUCAAAUUGAAUACGUUGCCUCCUUGCUGAUAGCUGAGUCGAAGGCCAGUGUCCCACCAGGACAGGAAGUGCCCUACAGAAACGCUCUUGCAGUGGCCCUAGAGAUUCUGAAUGAGCGAGCGAAUUUGGGUCCAGCAAGAGCAUCAGAUGAUCCAGAGACCACAAAGGGGACCACAAAAGCGUCCCAAAGGGGACCACAAAAGCGAUCUCGUAUAAAGUUCCGGAAGCCCAAAGGGAGCUUACUGAGGCGUCUUAGGAGAAGCAAAAAACUCAAAUCGCUGCUGGUAUGCUCACAGACUGAGGACGCCCCAGGCGGUGGCCAACCACAGGCACACAGAACCGUCACGCCUAUUCCCAGGAAAACACGAGCGGAGCCCUCACAAAGCUCCAGCGCGUACCCAAACUUCCCAUCACGUGCAGAAGAUGAUUAUGAGAAAGAGGGCAAGGAAAAGAGGCACACCUUGAGAGUCAGGGCCUUGCAUCGCCCCGUCAAGGAGGAGGGUACAGGUGCUAAAGAUGGAGGCACCCUUCCAUCUCCGCCACCAGGUUUCAACCUCGCUGUACCCAAGGCUCUGAAAGAAGAGGCCCAUGACACCUACCCAAAGACCCUGGCCGUCUCCUCCGAAUGCUCUGCCCUCUCCGGGAAUGUUGAGGACCACGGAGAGGGUCCCCGGAAGCCAGGCUUGGAAGGUGCGGCGGCAUCCUCCAGUGCCCCUCCCCCGAGGCUGCGUUAUUCACUCCGUCUCGCAAAUAAAAAAAGGAAGCUGCAGGUACUAGAGUUUGAGAAAGGGCCGCAAGAACUUCAGCCUUCAGUCCGCUCGAAGGCCGUUAACUCCACCACUGCUAUUAGAAAGGAUGUCGGCAAGGAAAUGGGGCAACCGAUAAGCAUGGCUUUUCCACAAGAGCCUUGUCCCAUUGAAGGAGGAAUGAUGGUCUGGUUUAAAUUUCAGAAUCACCCAUUUUGGCCAGCAGUGGUAAAGAGUGUCAGCCAAACAGAGCAGACUGCAAGGGUGCUUUUGAUUGAGGCAAACAUGCCCUGUGACAUGAGUGGCAUUCAAGUACCUCUUCGAAGAUUAAAACAUCUGGACUGUAAGGAGAAGGAAAAACUAAUGAAGAGAGCCGGGAAAGUGUACGAGCAAAGUGUGAACUGGUGUUUCUCCCUGAUUUCCCACUACAGAGAAGGGCUCGGUCGUGGGUCUUUUGCAGGCUCUUUCCUGGACUAUUAUGCUGCUGAUAUCAGUUACCCAAUUAGGAAAGCCAUCAAGGACGGGGACGUGGAGAUCGACUUCCCAAAGGUUAAUUAUGCCGACCUGGAAGAUUCUGAGGAGGAGGCCUCCCUGGGUGGGAGGAGGCCCCACAAGAAAAUUCUCCCGGACCGGAUGAGGGCUGCUCGGGACCGAGCCAACCAGAAGCUCGUGGACUUCAUUGUGAAAAGAAAGGGAGCCGAUCACCACCUCCUGGACAUCGUCAAAGGCAGGAAACAGUCCAGGUGGCUGGCAUCAUUUCUGAAUUCAAGCAGGUACGUGAUCUGCAUUGAAACAUACCUGGAGGAUGAAGACCAGUUGGAUGUCGUGGUAAGACAUUUACAAGAAAUCUACAAACAGAUAGACAAGAAAAUGCUGACUCUGGCAAGAGAUGACAAGGUGAGUUUUGUUCUGGAAGUUCUUCUGCCAGAAGCAAUCAUUUGUUCAAUUGCUGCACUUGAUGGAUUAGGUUACGAGGAGGCAGAACAAAAGUACCUAAAGGGGCCACCGGUGCAUUACCGGGAAAAAGAGCUAUUUGAUAAAAAUAUUCUAAAGGGAAUGAGAAAGACAGCAGCAACAAGGGGCAAAGCUAAAUAACUCUUCUUGUGCUCACACUUUAGCAGGGAGACCUCUCACUGCCCUGUCUGUAUGAAAUGUGUGAUCCUUCCAUUCUGUACGGCAUGUAAAUUACAUUCUGUAAAUUUGCGGCCCUGGGAACAUGCUGCACUCCUUUUGGAUCCAUCUCUAGCACCUGUGGGUAGCACGGCCGUCAUCAUGUCUGGUUCCCAAAUGCUUCACAAACUAAUUUGUUAAUUAGUUUGUUAACCUGUUAAUUUGUUUGUUAGUUUGUAAGCUUAACUAAUAUGUUAAGUGCUGCAAACAGUUGUACUUCCCGCUACUUGCUUGGACGUGUAAUUAUCCAGAUGUUUUCGUAACGUUGCUUUUGACAGUACUUCAUAUUUUAAUAUAGGAGGCACAUUCUUUUACUACGUGAAAGACCCCUUGUGUCAGACAUCGAGCCACGAUCGUUUUUAAAAUCUCAGAUAGGUGUUUACAGAAACAUCACAUGGAUUUCUCAUUCUUUCUGCAAGGCCUCAGUAUAAAUGAUCUGAUCGCCUUCUCAAGGUAAUUCCUAAAUUUGAUCUGCCAUGCUCAUCUGUUUGGAAAAAUAGCCCUGAGGGGCGAAGCCAACAGCAGAGCUGUUUUGUUUUCUAUAUAUUGCCACUACCUUCAAAUGGUUCUUGGAAAAGCAGUCUGGAAUCCAAAGUUCAUGGGUCAUCUGCCCGCAGUCCACGUGUGGAUGAACGAAAUCUCAACGUGCAGGAAAGUUUUUGUCAGCCUGUGCAAGAUUGCUGACUCGACGCUUCCCUCAGAUUCCACUUAGGGAAGUAGCUCUUGUUUGAUGGCUAAAGGGUUUCCUAAAACAGGCUCCUGGCUGUCUUCCUAACUGACCGGAUGCUUUACACAUGGUGGUUUAUCCCCAUGUGGAAGACAACGAGAGUAAUCAUACACAAAGCUUAGCUGUUUGAAGCCUAGGUAGUCCAGGCUCACUGCUAGGAGCCCAUCUAAGUGGCACACAUUGUAGGGAAGCAUGCGCUUUGCUCUGGACCUGUGUCCCCUAAAACACAGUCAUUGUCUCAAACCAAGCAAGCUUUCUCUUCUGACUUAUUCGCUGAUGAGCCCUCACAGGUUCCAGCGGUCAUAAAGGCAGCCUGGUAAAGUCCCACUAGGCUGCUUGAGCAAUAUAGAUGGACAAGGUUCUGGGAACUCCGAAACGGGCAACAGGAAAUCCUCCAUGGGGCUAAACAUGGCUAUUGUCAGAAUACAACGAAACAUCUCUACAAGAUGAAUUCUGAAGUCCAUGAAUUGUUAUCCUAACUUGAAACAACAUUUUUUGAGGGGGGAGAAAAUGUCACAAAAGCUAGUUUACUUUAAAAACUUGGUGUGAAAGAAAACACUGAAGGUUUAACACGAACCUGAGUGCAUUUUUAUUCUUAGAGGGAAUCAACUGUCCCUCGCAGGCCCAUGUUAUGUAUUCACAUGGCCACGUGAUUUGUGUGUGUGUGUGUGAAAUUUGCAAGAGUUCACUGUUUUGAUUCACAAUAAAACCAUUGUAUCUUUUACCUUGAUCUUCCGCUCCAUUGUACUUUAGAUUGUACAACUACAUAGUUGGUACCUCUAAAUAUAUAUCC